UUAAAAUGUGUAUUAUUUAUUCGAAAAAUAUAAUUGAUAUUAAUAAAUAUAUCAAUUAUAUUAACUAAACAUUGACGUUUUAACAGUUAAUUUUCGUAAUUUCAAAAGUUGAACCCCCUUAUCGUAAGACAGUGCAAACCAACCCUUAAAUUAUCUUAACGCACGUGUGUUCUCACAUGUAUAACCUAGAUCUGUUUUACACUUAAAUUAGACUAUUUAAAAUAGAAUUGUGUGACUUAAGGAGAAAAUCAUCAUUUAUCUAGUUAUUUAAAUCAUUCAGAUGGUAUUCUACAUUCAGGAAGGAAUGCAAACGAUUGAUAUACAUAGAUAAUACUUGCACGUCUGAAUUUUCUAUUAUACGUUAAUUUAUAUCCUUAUUUUCUUGUACCAAAAAGCAAUCAGUAUUACAAUUCAUCUUCAAUAAUUUGUCUUCCUUAAAGAUGGUUUCCCAAAUAUUUGAUGAAUCUCCUAAAGAAAUGCAGUUAAUAAAUUCGGAUAAUGAGGAAAUGAGUCAGAAAGAAGUUCGUGGCGAUGGGAAAGUACAAAUGAAAAAACAACUUGGUCUUUUAGAAGGUGUUGCAAUUAUUUUAGGAAUUAUAUGUGGUUCAGGUAUUUUUAUUUCUCCAAAAGGUGUAAUUAAAGAAGUAGGAAGUGUUGGGGUAUCUUUAAUUGUGUGGGUAUUAUGUGGUCUACUUUCUAUGAUUGGUGCAUUAUGCUAUGCUGAAUUGGGAACUUCUAUACCUCGUAGUGGUGGAGAUUAUGCUUAUAUUUAUGAAGCUUUUGGAGGAUUACCUGCCUUUUUAUACUUAUGGGCUGCUAACUUAAUAUUUGUACCAACUACAAAUGCUAUUAUGGGAUUAACAUUUGCAGAAUAUGUUUUACAGCCAUUCUUUCCAAACUGUAUUAUUCCAGAUGAUGGUAUACGAUUAAUAGCAGCAGUUACUAUUUGUUUACUUACAUUUGCAAACUGUUAUGAUGUCAAAGAAACAUCAAAAAUGCAAAAUGUAUUCAUGUUUGCUAAAGUUGGUGCAUUAGUAAUUAUAAUUAUUGCGGGAAUGGUUUGGCUACUACUAGGUCAUACAGAAAAUUUUGAAAAUUCUUUUGAAAAUACAAUUACUGAUCCUGGUAAAAUUGCUGUGGCCUUCUAUUCUGGUAUAUUUUCAUACUCUGGAUGGAAUUAUUUAAAUUUUAUGACAGAAGAAUUGAAAGACCCUUAUGUAAAUUUGCCACGGGCUAUUUAUAUAUCACUGCCUCUAGUUACUUUCGUCUAUGUACUGGCAAAUGUAGCUUACUUAUCAGUUUUAACUCCAACUGCUAUGAUCGCUUCUCGUGCGAUAGCUGUGAAUUUUGGUGCCGAAGUUCUUGGCAUGGUGGCAUGGAUAAUACCUGUAAUGGUAGCUAUAUCAGCAUUUGGAGGAUUGAGCGUUCACAUCAUGACAUCAUCUCGAAUGUGUUUCGUUGGUGCUAGAAAUGGUCACUUUCCUUCAAUGUUAAGUCACAUCAACAUUUCAAGAUUCACACCUACUCCUGCCUUAGUAUUCCUUUGCAUUUUAUCUUUAAUAAUGUUGUGUACAAGUGAUAUUCUUGUGUUAAUUACGUACUGCAGCAUAGUUGAGUCAUUUUUCAUUAUGUUAUCAGUAGCUGGUAUUUUAUGGCUUCGUUAUAAACAACCUAAUAUGAAUCGACCAAUUAAGAUGCCCUUAUGGAUUCCUGUCACAUUCGUGGCUAUAUGUGCAUUUUUAGUAUUUGUUCCUUGCUAUGAAAGACCAUACGAAGUUGGUAUAGGUGCCUUGAUAACUUUAUCUGGUAUUCCAGCUUAUUUUAUUGGUAUCAAGUGGAAAAACAAACCAAUGUGGUUUCAACAAAUUAAUCUUGAAAUCACUCACGCUAUUCAAAAAUUAUUUAUGUCUGCCACGGAGGAACAAGAUUUCUAAAUUCAAGUAUUAUAAAUUUGAAAAUAAUUAAACCUGAAAACAAUUUAUGACAUUGCUUUAAUGCUAAUCAUGUAUGUAAUUGUAACCUCUCUAUCGCUAACAAAGAACACAGAUUGUGUUCUUUGUAAACAGAGAAUGUACAUAUGAAAUAAGUACGGUUGCUCUGUAUCUUACACAAAUCAUUUAUUAUUAUUAUGUAUUAUAAUUUAUUUUUGAAAGUUGGAAAAGUAUUUUGGUUGUACAUAGUGUGAUUGUUUACAUAUUACUUCUAAUAAUCGUGUUCCUCUUUGUGAGAAUGUCAUAAUAAACGCGUGUGAUACUUAGAGAUGAAAAUCUAUUCUUGUAAGUAUUAAUAUAUUUUCUAUUUUAUACAUCUUACUUUACUAAAAAUAUAUUAAAAAAUAAAACAGUAACCUUAAAAAUUAAGUAUCUUUGUUCAAAAACUUUUACAUAUAUGUAGUAUUAAUUCUUCAUUAUUUUGAUUAUAUUUUUAAUGUUGCGUAUUUCAAAAAAUAAUAUAUGAUAGUAUUGAUUAUAACUUCUGUGAUGUAAAUAAUGUACAUUACAUUUACAUAAUAUUACAUAUUAAUGCAAAAUAAAUUUGUAUAGUUACUUCAAAUCAAAUGUUUCAACAAGUACAAAUAAAUAUAAAUAUGAAUAUUAUUAAUUGUAAUUCUAAUUUUCAUAUUUAAAAUUGUAAUAAAAUAAUAAUUUUUGAUGCAACUUGAACACAUAAUUGAAAACACAAUUAAAAUUUUACGUU